AUGAAGCUCUUAGCAGCUCUUAUGUCGACGGUAUUGGCGGCCAGAGAACCUGACGCAGUAAAACGCCUCGAAAAAAUCACCGCACGAGCGAGCGAACUCAGCAGUUUCGUUCAAUCGUUUGAUAGAGCAAGACAAAAGCAAAAGGACAAUGUCGACAAAUGGGUCUCGAAACUCCUCGUCGAUCUUACCAAAAUCAACACUUCCGCCUGCCCCUAUCCCGAAGAAGAGGGCAAAUUCAGUGACGAGAUCGACACGAUCGAAGAUCUCUGUGAUGGUGCGGGAAAAGUACCAUCAAUGAUGCGAAGCUACGCUCGCCAAUUUGGGUGCAUUGAGGGAUUUCCAAAAGGACAAUUUCUUAAAAAGCUGAUCAAACACUCUCACAAGCUCAAAGAUAUUGCGAGAAGAGCUGGCCGAUGCGGCGAAAUCUCCGAGGUUGUCACCUCAACAAUCAACACUUCAAAAACUCCGACAUCCACGUCAACAUCAACUUAUUCCACAACAUCCACAACGACAACUCCCGUAACAACAACUGAUAAAACAACCAAGCCGACAACGACCACAACUACAACUACGACUACGACAACCACGGCAACGACAACGACAAAUACAUCAACCACAACCACCACAACAACCAAAGCUUUCUCUUGUCCAAAUGAUUUCUGGAAUCGUGUUUACGAUUCGGAGAAUGAUUUCUGGUUUUGCACUCCGAAAGCUGGCCUUGCAAGUGUCGAUUGCGACUCAACAUCGAUGACGGUCAUCCUUAGCACUGACCUUUUCAAUGACAAUGGCGAAUAUGAAGCUAAUUUUAUUGACGAGACCUCGAUGGAGUGUCGUUCAGUUGGCUCUAUUGAUGAAGACUCUCUUACUUUCACGACUGCUCUUGACGGAUGUGGAACGGUUAAUUCUGUCAAUGGCACGAAUCUCAAUUUCACUCAAGUCCUCCAAAUCAAAAAUUACCCGAGCAUCACGUUCACAUGCUCGUAUCCUUCCUUAGUUAAUUCCGUCUUUGGCGGCGAAUCUGACUCGAUAGCUGAAGCAAGUAAUGCUGAAUUAAAUUCUUCCAUUUUUGAUGGGCAAACUGGAUUCGGCGAGUUUAGUUUCGAUAUCAUCUUUUUCAUCGAUGAGUUUUAUACCGAUGUUGCUCGUGAUGCCUCUUUCGAAAGCGGGGAAAUCGUGUACUUUGGUAUAAAUCCAACUGGAUCAGACACACAGUCUUCUCUUCCUGCCACGAUGACCUUCUCAGUGACUGAUUGUCGAAUCAUUCACGAUGCGCUCAGCAUCGAAUUCCCAAUCCUUUCAGAUGGUUGUGCACAACAUCUUGUUGGAUUUGAUUUUGAGGAUAAUUCAACAUGGCCAAUCGAUGCUUCUCUACGUCCACUUCACAAUGCGGACUCAGUUUACUUUCAAUACAUGAGUUUUGAAUUUAUAGCAGUUCCCGAGAACAUCGAUUUUAACGGUGACUUCAAACUCAGCUGCGAUAUUAGACUUUGCGAUCGGAAUGAUGCUUCUAGCGUAUGCGUUACCGCACCAAACUGCGCUCGUCGACGACGAUCAUCCUUUGUUAAUCUUAUAACUGUCGAAUAA